AUGGCGGGCGUCUGGCUGUCCCUGCUGCUGCUGAGCAUUGGAAACAGCAACAUUGUCGUAAGAGCAGCAGGCGCCUGUGUUCAGAGUGGCGUCAUCAAUGAGAAAUCUGUCUGGAACCAGGGGAUGAGCGCAAACCUCAACAUCAAGUUCCCGUCAGCAGUCAACAGUUGGAGAGUAACCAUGACAUUUGAUCGCGCCCUCACUAACUUUGAGACGUGGUCUGCGACACCAUCGACAUCCAACAACGUCGUUUACACGCUGGAUAAUCUGCCCUAUAACGGGAACCAGCCAGCUGGGGCUUCGCUGUCCAUCGCUUUCAACGCUCACUUUGCCAGCAAAGCUGAGGUCACUAGUGUCAAGCUGAACGGCGUCGAGCAAUGCCGAGGAGGUAGAGCAGGAGGAGGAGGGGCUGCAGCUACCACAACCACGACCACUACGACCACGACUCCAAGCGCCAGCUCCAACAAUCCUCCGUCAUCCCUCCCUUACAACUACCAAGAAGUGCUGAGGAAGUCUCUUCUCUUCUACGAGGCCCAGCGUUCGGGUCGUCUACCAUCGAACAACCGGAUCCCUUGGCGAGGUGACUCGGCGAUGAACGACCGAGGAAAGAACGGGGAGGACCUGACCGGCGGCUACUACGACGCCGGCGAUCGCGUGAAAUUUGGCCUCCCGAUGGCUGCUUCCAUUACCGUCUUAGCUUGGGGCGCCAUCGACUUCGCCAACGGGUACGCCGGUGCCGGACAGAGCAAGUACGUCAAGCAGGCCGUCAAGUGGGGGACCGACUACUUCAUCAAGGCGCACGUCGGCUCCACGGAGCUCUAUGGCCAGUGCGGUAACGGUGAUACGGAUCACGCCUACUGGGGCCGAGCCGAGGACAUGACCAUGAACCGUCCGUGCUACAAGAUCAUGGCUUCUAAGCCCGGCUCCGACCUGGCCGGCGAGACAGCUGCCGCUCUUGCCGCUGCCUCCAUCCUGUUCAAGACUUCAAAUCCCAGUUAUUCAGCCACCUGCUUGCAGCACGCGAAGCAGCUCUUCCAAUUCGCUGACAGACAUCGUGGCAAGUACCAGGACGCGAUCCCAAACGCCGGUAAAUUUUACAGCUCCAGCGGCUACGGCGACGAGCUCGCGUGGGCAGCAGCCUGGUUGUACCGCGCUACAAACGACCAGACCUACUUGAACAAGGCCAAGGGCUUCUUCCAGGAGUUCUCAGACCUGCGGGGCCGGCCAAGCGAGUUCUCGUGGAACAGCAAGCACGCAGGUGUCCAGCUUCUCAUGCACCAGCUCACUGGAGAAUCCUCUUAUAGAUCCAUGGUCACUCAGUUCUGUGACUGGGUCAGGAACAACGCACCACGCUCGCCCAAGGGCAUGGUCUAUCUGAACCAAUGGGGUUCCCUCCGACACGUGGGAAACGUCGCCUUCAUCUGCCUGGUUGCCGCCAAGAACGGACUAAAGUCCAACGCCUACGAGAACUUUGCCAUCCAGCAGCUCAACUACAUCCUUGGAGACGGCGGGCGCAGCUAUGUGGUCGGCUUUGGCAAAAACCCUCCCGUUCGGCCUCACCACGCCGGGGCUUCGUGUCCGGACGCGCCGGCGCCCUGCGGCUGGGACCAGCUGCACACCUCGGAGCCCAACCCGCACGUGCUGUACGGCGCUCUGGUCGGCGGACCCGACCAGUACGACGCGUACGAGGACAAGCGAAGUGACUACGUCAAGAACGAGGUGGCGUUGGAUUAUAACGCUGGCUUCCAGAGCGCCAUUGCUGGCGUGUUGUCUCUCGAAUGA